AUGUCUUCGUUACUUGGUAAUCAAAGCGAUGGUGACGAAAUAUCUGCUCUCGAAAGCAAGAUUAUGUCUUAUUGCAAUCUGAUACCUGUUGGCUGCUGGGGUUUCGAUGAUGAUGUUAAGGAAUCGUUGAAACAACGAAAACACAGUUUAGUAAACCGACAAUUAAGCAAAAAAGAACGAAUGAGUUUACCAUCACAGUCAAAACAGCAAAUUGCUAAAAAUAUCGGAAUUGUGCCAACUACGGUGCAAGAAGUUUUAGAAUGGAUGUCUACUUCAAAAAAGCAUUCAAAUGUUCAGCCGGUGAAUCCGAAGAAUAAUAAAAAUAUGACCGUCGAUAAAACAAAAGUGUCGAAACCGAUGAGAAAAGAAACUGAAAAGAAAGUAGAAGAAGAUGAUAAGGAAGAUGAUUCCAGCGAUGAAGAUGAGAAAGAAGAACAGAAUAAUGACGAAGAAGAAACUGUUUCUGCCGAAAGUUCUGAUGAGGAAGAAACAGUAAACGAUGAAGAUGAGACAGAAAGUGAGGAAAACAUUGCUGUAAACGGAAAAGUUGAAGAAAGCGAUGAUUCUAGUGACGAAGAAGAUGAGAAUCAAGAACCUAAAACAAAGAAAAGCAAAAUUCCCAAUUCUGUUUUGAAAUCAAACAGUAAAAUUGAUGAGGAAAUUCAAAAAUUAGAAGACGAAAGUUCUGAAUCGCUAGAAGAUAAACGACAACUUGCUCUUCUCAAAUUGCAAAAGAAACUGAACGAUUUUAAACAAGAUAGAAAAGGUAAAGGUAAAGCGGCGAAGAUGACACCAGAAAUGGCUCAGAAAGCGGAGGAAGAAAGACGCUUGAAGAGAAGAGAAAGCAAGUUGAAAUUGAAGCAAAGAAGAGUUGCCGAGAAGCAAUUGAAGGAAAAUGAGAAGGCUGUAAAGAAAGAAGAAAAAAGUGAAAAUGAUGACGAAGAUAAAAGCAAUGAGAAAAAGACCAGUAUCGCUUUCAACAAGUUGAAAUUUGAAGUGAAAGCCGAGAAAAAAGGAAAAAAAGAUAGAACACCGAAAAAGGAACGUGGACUGAAACUAACAGGACGCGACUAUAAAUCCUUGAUUGCUAAGGUCGAAGAAACGAAAGCUCAAAUUGAGAAAGUUAGAGAAGCUGAUCCUCAUAAAGCGACGAUAAUGGAAGAUGAAUUGAAAUGGGCGAAAACUAUGAAAAGAGCUGCUGGUGGAAAAGUGAAAGAUAAUUUGGAAAAACUUAAAAAGGCGCUGAACAAGAAAAAUAAAAUGAAGGAAAAGAAAAAGGAGAAAUGGGAGAAUAGAAUUUCAAAGGUUUCGACAGAAAAGGAAAAGAAGCAAGAAAAGAGAAAGCAGAACUUGAAAAAGCGAAUUGAUGAAGUGAAGAAGAGGAAGUUGAACAAAUUGAAAAAGAAGGGAAGGGUCCUGUAA